AUGGUUUGUAUCAAAUCUGGCCCAAACCAUGGUGCCAAAACUGUCAAGCUCACUUCUGAUUCUCUCAAUAAUCUCAUCCAUGGCCAUUUUGGUACCGGCAAGGCUUGCUCAACCGCCGCGCCCAUCCGUGCUCAUCUCAGGCCCCGGGCUGUCACCAAAAAGGUCAGAAACCUCGGAUUGCUGGACGCCGAUCAUGAAGGUCAAUGGUUGUGUGGCUGA